AUGGCACAAAUUAGGGAGGAUAGCUGCAAUGCACUCGCAUGUACUGCUGCUCACGGCAACAACCUUUGUGUAGUCGCACAAGGCUAUUGUUGUGCCGUUUGCAGAGGAAAAACCCAAGGCAACAUGCCUGAGCAUGCGGCCAACACUCCCCAUGCACGACAGCGUGCAACAGCAAUGCUGCUGCUCACAUUCUGUCCACCAGUGCAAAGCAACAAUAUCUUGAGCGCCUUCGACGAGGAGAUACUUGCACAAUCUUUCAACAUAGACACUCAGCUAGCCAGAAGACUGCAGAAAGAGAAGAGGCAGAGGGGCAUUAUUGUCAGAGUUCAGGAGGACCUUGAGGUACUAUCACCACACAGACAAGAACAAGAACAACAAUACGAAGAAGAAAGAGAGCGAAGACAGAGAAAUGGUUUAGAGGAAACCUUCUGCACAAUGACGCUGAAGUACAACAUCAAUGACCCAUCACGCGCUGAUGUCUAUAACCCACUUGGUGGACGCGUCUCUAGCGUCAAUGCCUUAAACCUUCCCAUCCUUAGAUUCCUGCAACUUAGUGCUAAGAAAGGAGUACUUCACAGGAAUGCUAUCCUGGCACUUCACUGGAACGUGAAUGCUCACAGCAUAGUGUCCAUCACAAGGGGCAAUGGCAGGAUUCAAAUUGUCUCAGAGAAUGGAGAAUCUGUAUUCCAUGAGGAAAUUCGUGAGGGUCAGCUUGUGGUUGUUCCACAGAACUUUGCAGUGGUGAAGAGAGCAAGCAGCGAUAGAUUCGAGUGGGUAUCAUUCAAGACCAAUGGACUCAGCCAGACCAGCCAGCUGGCUGGACGUGUCUCAGUGUUUAGAGCGCUACCAUUGGAUGCAAUCAGGAACUCGUCUGGUAUAUCCAGGGAAGAUGCGUGGAGAUUGAAAGAGAGUAGGUCUGAGAUGACAAUUUUCGCUCCAGGGUCAAGCUCACAGCGAGAGAGUCAAAGCGAGAGGGAGAGACAGAGGGAGAGGGAGGAGAGGCAGAGACACUGA